GCUGUGCGGUGCGGUGCAGAGCGGAGGCGGCGGCGGGCGCGCGGGCAGCUCGCGGGCACCCGGCCGGCGGGCGGGCGCGGGAGCGGGAAAGGGUGCGCUAUGCCUUUAACGCCCGCGUACAGUAGACAUGUAUAGUGGAGUGUAGGGAAACUCUAGGCGGGGUUAAAGUUCAGCUCAUGGAGCGGCAAUAGCGCUGGCUGGCUGCAGUUGAGCCGAGUUGGAAAUGUGAACGCAAGAAGCAGGCUUGAUUUUUUUUUUCUUCCCCCUUCUCUCUCUCUCCUCUCUCUUUUUCUCUCUCUCCCCCUGUCUCCUUCUCCCCCUCUCUCCCUCUUUCUCCUCUCUCACCCGCACUCACGCACACCUCCAAACCGCACACCCAGACGCACACGCACACCCCACCGCCCGGCAGUUAUGUAUUCUCCGCUCUGUCUCACCCAGGAUGAGUUUCAUCCUUUCAUCGAAGCACUUCUGCCCCAUGUCCGAGCCUUUGCCUACACAUGGUUCAACCUGCAGGCCCGAAAGCGAAAAUACUUCAAAAAGCAUGAAAAGCGCAUGUCGAAGGAAGAAGAGAGAGCCGUGAAGGACGAGCUGCUGAGCGAGAAGCCAGAGGUCAAGCAGAAGUGGGCAUCGCGCCUCCUGGCCAAGCUGCGGAAAGACAUCCGGCCCGAGUACCGGGAGGAUUUUGUGCUGACGGUGACAGGGAAGAAGCCGCCAUGUUGCGUUCUCUCCAACCCCGACCAGAAGGGCAAGAUGCGCAGAAUUGACUGCCUCCGCCAGGCAGACAAAGUCUGGAGGUUGGACCUCGUUAUGGUGAUUUUAUUUAAAGGUAUUCCGCUGGAAAGUACUGAUGGCGAGCGCCUGGUAAAGUCCCCACAGUGCUCCAAUCCCGGACUCUGUGUCCAGCCCCACCACAUAGGGGUUUCUGUUAAGGAACUCGAUUUAUAUUUGGCAUACUUUGUGCAUGCAGCAGAUUCAAGUCAAUCUGAAAGUCCCAGCCAGCCAAGUGACGCUGACAUUAAGGACCAGCCAGAAAAUGGACAUUUGGGCUUCCAGGACAGUUUCGUCACAUCAGGUGUUUUUAGUGUGACCGAGCUGGUAAGAGUGUCGCAGACACCCAUAGCUGCAGGAACGGGCCCAAAUUUUUCUCUCUCAGAUUUGGAAAGUUCUUCAUACUACAGCAUGAGUCCAGGAGCAAUGAGGAGGUCUUUGCCCAGCACAUCAUCUACCAGCUCCACGAAGCGCCUCAAGUCUGUGGAGGACGAAAUGGACAGUCCUGGCGAAGAGCCUUUCUACACAGGACAAGGGCGCUCCCCCGGAAGCGGCAGCCAGUCCAGUGGGUGGCAUGAAGUGGAGCCAGGCUUGCCAUCUCCCACCACACUGAAGAAGUCGGAGAAGUCGGGUUUCAGCAGCCCCUCCCCUUCGCAGACCUCCUCCCUGGGAACAGCCUUCACCCAGCACCACCGACCUGUCAUCACAGGACCCCGAGCAAGUCCACACGCAACACCAUCGACUCUUCAUUUUCCGACGUCACCCAUCAUCCAGCAGCCUGGCCCUUACUUCUCACACCCGGCCAUCCGCUAUCACCCUCAGGAGACGCUGAAAGAAUUUGUCCAACUUGUCUGCCCUGACGCUGGUCAGCAGGCUGGACAGGUGGGGUUCCUCAAUCCCAAUGGGAGUAGCCAAGGCAAAGUGCACAACCCAUUCCUUCCCACCCCAAUGUUGCCACCACCGCCGCCGCCACCGAUGGCCAGGCCUGUGCCUCUGCCGGUGCCAGACACAAAGCCCCCGACCACAUCGACAGAAGGAGGUGCAGCCUCACCCACCUCACCAACCUACUCGACACCCAGCACCUCCCCCGCAAACCGAUUCGUCAGUGUUGGACCACGGGAUCCAAGCUUUGUAAAUAUCCCGCAACAGACACAGUCCUGGUACCUGGGAUAAAAGUCGCAGCGUCCCACCAUCCACCCGACAGACCACCUGACCCCUUCUCAACUCUGUAACAUGGACGCAUCCUCAACCCACGCGCAGUUACAACUUCACUGUCAGUGAAAGGGGAGGAAAGCCGAUUCAAAUCAACUUGUACACGGAAACAGCGAGCAUCAUGGUCCAACAGCAAAGGCCAUCGAAAACCUUUUGGGAUUUUUUUUAGAAAAAAAAACAAAAAAAAAAGAAAACUACUUUAGGGACCGUUGUAAUUUUCUCAUAUGGUGCUGGAAAUGGCCGGGGCUUCGGAGCAGGGGAAGUGUGGGUGUGUGAGCAGGAGGAGAGGUGGCGAGGCGCGGUGUCCUGUCGCUCAGACUUCCCAGGGAAACACACUUGGCCUCCGGAGCCUGGCUGUUUUGCAGUAUUCCAUGAAUCCACCCACACAGGUGUGAGCCUCCGUGAGCACACAGGGGGCCCAUGGAGAACUAAAUCUUUUGUAGUCGCUGACAUCUGCAAUAUAGAGCUGAUGGGGCAGUCAAAGGGCAAUGUUUCUCUGUAACACAUUGGGAGAUGAAAACGCAGUUGUGUUCCUUUUUUCCUUUCUCUUUUUAGUUUGGUUUGGUUCAGCAGUCAGCAGCUCAAUCUAUAACAUGGCCCGCAAGACAGUGAAUUCACUCACGAUGCAGAACGAUUCCGGAAAAUGGCAAACUACUACUUAACUACUAUUCAGUUUUUUAAAAGUUUUGAAAUGCUGCACUUACAUUUAAAAAAAAAAAAUCAACAACAACAACAAAAAAACCAACACAUUUUUUUUUCAACAAUUUCAACAAUGACACAAAAAUUCACACGGAAAUGGGGAAGAUGGUCUGUUUUGACAGAAACUGACAGGAAUCAAUCAAAAACAAUCGAAUUUUGAAUUGAGUAAAGUGCAAUUUCAUUGGAUAGCUAAAUAUCUUUGUAAGAUAGAGAUUGUUGAAAAUUCUAUUUUUGUUUUUCAAGUCCUUCCACCCCAGGACUCUAAAUUAUUGGGGUAAAAAACAGCCUUGCAAGAAAAAGGGGAGCUAUUUUUGCUUUUUAUGUUUUUUAUUGUUAAACUUGUAUCCCUUUAAAAACUGAAGGAAAAUCUAAAAAAAAAAAAACAAAUCUAAUGGUGCUUUUACCACAAUAUGUUAACUACAUUAAAUGCUAAUUAAUUAUUUUCUGUUAUCAAAGCACAUAACUAAAAUGAAAUCAUGGUAUCUGUUAAUUUUAUAAGCUAGAAGUCACUAUAAUGGAUUUAUGCCAAUUCUGAAAAAUUUUACAUGUAUCUGGCAACAUAGGAUUUAUCAGUUAUCAGACACUUCAUUGUACCAGAGAUUGUCCAGAAAUUUUAAAAGACCUUUGCAUCCCUGAACUGGGCUAUGGGAAAAUAAUAAUGAUGAUGAUGAUAAUAAUAAUAAUAAUAAAACCAAUAUUGAUACCGGUACCCACUCAGAUCAAGGGUACUUAUUAGGAAAAAAAAAAAGGUUUGCACCCCCAAAUGUCCUGUAUCUUAUGUAAAAAAAAAAAAACCACAAAACACAAAAAACAACAAAAAAAGUGCAAGUGAUUUUUCUACCAGACAGCGAAGCACCCCUUUGCUUCCCAUGCAACUUCAAGAAGGUUUCCUAUACUAUACAUAUAUAUACGUUCUGGUUGGCAUGCCCUGCUGAUCAGAGAAAGUCUCUGCAUGUUCUAGUGUUAGUAACUAAUUUUUAUAUAGUUAAUGUAGGAUAAAGUAGAGUGCAUUAAGACACAAUAUUGUAAUCCCUAUUCUAGGCACUUGCCUUUAAACUAUGUUUUUCAGCCCUUCAGAAGGGUUCUACUACUGUCCUAUACAAUCAAGUAACUGAAAUUCUUGGGAAGACACUUUGCUCCUCAUCUUUCCCCCCUGAAACAAUGUUGUUUUGUUUUGUUUUGUUUUUUUUCCUUAAUUUGCACGAAAACAAAAAUUCCAUAUCAAUGUGCCUUGCCCUGGAUAGCGAUUAUUUGUGGAAUUGUUGCACAUGCUCCUCUAUUGAAAGGGGUUUUUCCCUCGUCAAGCAUUUGGAGACACUUUUUUGUAAAUGUGACUUUUAUGUCAGCCAUCGUCAGUUUCAACAUCUAGAACUAAGUAGAAAGUUAGUCGUUCCGCAGAUAGGAGUAGUCCUUCUUGUCCCCUGUGGUCAGUGGCAGUGCUAUUCUGAGAUCUGUAGAUGCUUAGAAUAUCAGUAUUUUGGAUGUUGCUGCAUUUUACGAUUUAUUUGGAGUCUUCCUUUAUCCCCCCCGCCCCACCCCCGAUAUAUGAAAAUAUGCAAUACCUGCUUAUAUCGUGUAGAAAAGCUUAGCAAUGAUUCCUUUUUCUUUUCUUUUUUUUUGUUUUCUUUUCUUUCUUUUUUUUUUUUUUUAAUUUGACCAAAGUCGGUGCUGCACUUGGCGCAGUGUGUUUUAGGUGUUUGUCUUUGUACUUUUUCGUGUGUGAUUUUUGAAUGCACGUGCGCAGGAAGGGCUCCUCUUAGAGAAGCAGUCAAACUGUGAAGCACUAAGCUGACCCUGCUUCAAGCAAUUUUGUUUUGACAACUGUUCCUUUCACAAGCAAGCCUUAAAAAAAAAAAAAAGACAACUUCCUUUUUCUUCAGCUCCCACACCCCAUUUUUCUUAGCAGACUGCAGUCAAUCCACAUUCAAUAACAAAGUAUAUAAUGCCCAUUUUUAUAUGCACGUUUUUAAACUUCCAAGUUCUGAAAAUUGUUUACUGGUUAUCUCUAUUUAAGGAAAAAAAAAUAAAAUAAAACAUUUUGGAUUUUCAUACGUGUCUGAUAGUGGUUGAAUAGUCGUUGGGCGCUGUUGUAUGGUGUGAUUGUCAGUAUAUGGUGUCACUUCCUAUAGCCAGCCAGCAUACUUUGCCUUCCCCUAUAGCACUUAGCUGGGCAUUACUUUAUUAUGACAUAUGUGCACUAAAAAAAGGAAAAAAAAAAAAAAGAAAAAAAUAGCAGCUUUCAGUGCUUCACAGUGAAGGGAAAAAAAGCCUAGACAAACAUUUUGUCAGAACCUUGCAAUAAGCCAAGGUAUUACCAGUAAAUUGGUUGUAUAUACAAUAAAAUUGCACCCUUUUUUAAAAACAAAACAAACUAAGCAAUAGUUUGGGCAGUUUUAGUUGUUUUUAGUGAGCAUGUUGUAGUCUUGACUGCAAAGAGAGAGAAUAAACUGCCCACUCAGAAGAUAUGUAAUUUGUAUUGUUGUAUAGUUUUAUUGAUUACACUGAUUUAUUCUACCCUAUUUUAUAAUGCAGGACUUUUGUACUGUUGUUUAAAUGAGGAAAAAUUUCUGUCAAAUUAGCCUAGUGAAAUUUCUGAUCGUUCAUUGUAAAGGCAGCGUUCAUAGAAUUGCUUAUCUUUCUUUCCCGCCCCCCCCCUCCAAGCCCUCCGCCCUUUGGGAACUGGAUUUAAGUUGAAAACUUUCCUGUUUCCUUUUUUGUUUUGUUGUAAGUAUUUAAAUACAGGUUUGUGUUUUUUUUUUUUCUCAAUGGUAUGGAAUAUUCCUGUGCUUGAAAAGCACAGGGCUACUGAAAAACCAUUGUAAAUGGACGUUACAGGUAUGCUGUAUUUUUGAAGGUAUUUUUUUGUAUUAAGUUUGAUGAAGCUAAAAUUAGGGAACUCUGAACAGAUUUGCAGGAAAAAAAAAUGUUUUAAAGGCUUUAAAACAUUAGGGAGGCAGUCUAAGGUGAUCACAAACAGGGGUUAAGUCUUAAAUACACUAAGUUCCAUUUCUGUUCAUGUUUCAUUGUCCAGAAAGCAGCAGGAAACUGUAGUUCAGUUGAGAUCCAGCAGGAAAAAAAGCAACACCAACCGUAGGAGUGUUUACCGUUGUUUAAUCAAAGCCAAGCGAAGAUGUUGGAGAAAGACUUUGCUACCUGGGGUGUAGACUGACAGACAGACGAGGGCAGGGGCCACUUUGGAAGACCCAGCCCUGAAGUCUGAGACGCAUUGGGUUUUUUUUUUUUCCUUGCCCCAUCAAAUGGCAUUAACGAGAUUGGCCAAGAGAAGCCCCUCAAAAAAUAAAAAAAGAAGAAGAAAAAGAAGAAAAAAAACUCUCUUAUCUUUUUACUUUGGGAACUAAAGUCAGAGGCACAAACACUAAGUCGGAUUCUUUUCCUGUAUCCUUUUUUGUUUUCCUGGCCCCAACUCUCUUCCACUUUCACACAACACCAAUAACGCUGCUUUCCUGGUGAUCCUGGGGCCAGCAUCCUUUCCCGAAAGCCCCUCUGUCCUUCCCAGAACCUUCUCUUUCCUUGGAGGUUCGGGCCAGCAUUUCCGUUUCUUCAUACUCUGGCCUGACAGUGACAGAGAGUCAGACCCACCCCCCCCAGAAAAAAAAUGCAUCCAGGCGUGGGGACCACCCCACCUUACCCCAACUCUUCCCAUUGCUGGUUUUCAUCCUUGUCUGACCCCUGUCCAUGACAGGUCAGUCAGCUCAUGGGACUCUCUCAAAAAAGAGUUCCCCUCUCUCCUUCCCGGCCCUCAUCACUCUAUGCGUUGAAUUCUGUAGUACAGUGUCACAGAGUCUUGACAGAAUCUGAGUUCAGAAAAACUUUUUACUUCCUCUAUGAUUUAUUAUUAUUUUUUCCCUGAGGGGGGUGGUUUCUGAGACCAUCACUCAGUGUACUUUGAAUCACAUCUCUGGAAAUAAUCUUCGUCUCCAUCGUGGUGGUGGUGGUGUCUCUCUCUGUCUCUCUCUUUCUCUUUCUCUCUUUCGUCUUUGUUUUAUUUUCCUGGUAGCAGGCCUCCAUAGAACAACUUUACACCACAACUGGCCUGGUCAUGUGAGGAGGGCUGCAAAGCGCACCUCCACAUGCCCGCCUGUCUUCAGUGUGGGAAACACAGAGCCUCUCCUUCACAUCAGCUCCCAACUUCAGGCCAGUUCCGUCCUGAAGUCCAUGCAUGUAUUUAAUGGGUGACAGUAAACCCACUCUGCCUUCUCCACGUCCAAGGCUGUGCAUUCGUCUAAUUAGUGUCAUGUCUGUUUCCCUUUUAUUUUUUUUUCAAUAAAAAAAAAGCAGUGGGAUGAAAAUUGCUUUGAUAUAUAGCAGGUAACAUUGAAGCUAUUCCAUAGCACUUAACUGUAGUGAAUACUGUGUCACCAAUUCUGAAAUCAAUUUAAUGUUUAAUGCAAAUCCAUUACAUGGUGCUAUUACAGGCUGACAAAAUGAUUUACACAAAUGUGACAACUUGGGCUCAAUUCACUCGCUUUCCAACAGUGUAAAUGCAUAGCAGUGUUUAUCUGCAUGAAAACUAUGCACUAAUCUUAUCUGAAGAAAAAACUCUAUCAACUUUGGUAUCUACUUUCCGUUUACUUCAAUCCUUGCCUUUUUGGUCAUUGUUAUAAUGCCAGCUUUAGGACAGAAAGAAUUAUAAGAAAACCAGCAUAAUACCUGAUAUAUUAAAAUGUAGUGCCUGUGAAAUCUGUAUUAUAUUGCUCUUCUGAAGUAAGAUUUUUCUACACCGGUAGCCUUCGCUGUCUGUCAGUCAGGACCUUCUGGUAUAGGUGAUGUAAAAUAACCGUACAAUAUUAAUGCAUGCUAUUCCAUAAUGCUUAGUGAACUGUAUGAAUAUUACUCAAAGUUAUGUUAGUCUUUUUUUUUUCUGACUUGGUUCUUGUCAGCUAGGUUUUAAAGGUAUUUCACUGAGAACGCAAAUUCUGUCUUUUCUUAAUUUUCGGCUGUUUUCAGUAUUUCGGAGGUAUACAUUGACUUAAAUUCAGUAUUACUUGUGUUUUUUGUUCUUGUUUUGUGUUUUCUUUUUCUUAGGGGGACAAGCAUGGGGGUUUGAUUUCAGAAAUCAGUACCUGGCAAAACUUUUGUCUCAAAAUGACCAUUUGAAUCUCAAGAACUCUGCUCUGAAGACACUUGGAGAACAUUUGCAAGUGAGGAAUGAGACUCUUCACCCUCGGAGGCACCGCUGAUGCUGAACAUUUUUGUCGUUGUUGUUUAAUGGACAAUGUUCAGCCAGGUACCCAUGCUUUCCCAUCUUCACACCAGACCUCCUCAUACUAAAAGCAAAAAAAAAAAAACAAACAAAAAAUAACAAAAAAAAAUCUUUUGAGAAAUCACGUGGCUAUUUAGUUUCAUGCACAGUUGCAAUAUUUUCUUCAAAAAAAUAAAACUCUGUACAAACUUUGGCCCGAUUCAUAAGAAAAAGAAGUGUGCUAUUAACACGAGAUUUUUUUCAAAUACACUCUUGGAUGUGGGGGGGAGGGAUCUAAAUUCAGCUCUGCUUGCUUCCCAAAGGACAAAGUCUCCUAUUUUUUUUUCUAAGUCAGCACCCAGCUGCCUUUUCAUGCCCCGAAAGUUUUUGGAACCUGCUUUGGGGGAUGGUGGGAAAUGGGGAGCGGUCACUCACAAAUAUCCAAAGGGGGUCUUGCCUGCAGCUGGGAACAGGUGGUCACUGCCCGUGCAGAGAGCACGUACCUUGGGUUUCUCACGACCCACCAAACCCCCUCGCCGUGCCACCCUCUUCCAAGGGGUGCGGGGUGAACUUUGGCAUCUCCACAGUGGUUUUAAGAAACCAGGGAGUUCCCAGGUGUGGGCUUUUUUUUUUUUUCUCCUGUUGUUUCUCUGCGCUUCUCCAAGUGACAGAAGCCUUUUUAUGCCUUUUGAUUCUGUUUGUGUUAUUCUUUUAUCAAAAAGUUUAUUACUUGUUAGCAAGAAUCUGAAGUGUGCACUUUUUCCCCCCUUUUUUUUUUUAAACAUCUCAGUCAAAGGUCACACAAGGCCACUGACUUCUCCCUAGCGACAGAGGUUGAGAGACUUCAGGUCAGCCCUGCCUUCCCUCCCGCCCCUCUGCUGUGCCACGACACUGGGGACUGACACCACCAAGUGGGACUCAAGUUCUCGAAGGUUCCUUUAGGCAAAUACAUGACUGUGCUUCCCCACAGCUCAGACCACUCCCCUCCCGAACAAGUUCCCUGGGAACUUUUCCCACCACCUCGGAACACUGUCCUCUCCAGAUCACCUUCAUUUUUUAUUUUUUUAUUUUUUUAAUUUCAAAUUGGGGGAUAUGGGCGGGGAGUGGGUCCCUUCCAGCGAGAUCCGUGUUAAUACUUUGUUCUGAGACGUGUUUCUUAUGAGCCGGGCCCCUGUGCCUCUAGUAUAUUUGUAUUGACUCCCCUAGUUACCCUUUUAGUUUUACUGUGUUCUGUGAAAAAUGUGUAAUUGGUUGAGAAUCACUGUGGGCGGCCAUUCUUAUUCAACUAAAUCUCCACAGGUUUUUUUGAGCUGGUGUGGAUUAGUUUAACUCUUGUAUUCAACCAUUAGUGCUACCACCUUCUCACAUUACAAUACAAUUACUGGAAGCAAGUACUGCAUUUCCUAUGCAACAAAAAAGGAAAAAUAAAAAAUUGCUAAUGCUA